AUGUCUUCCCCCGCCGAAGAAAACACUGGAAUGGAACUCGUGCUGAAUAUGAACACGGUGCCUACUGUCCAAGAUGCCAGACAGAUCGUGGAGCAGGCACCAGAGGAGGAUCGAUAUACCUUGCAGCUGAAACUGGGGAUAUACAUGCUGGAAAAACGGGACGAGAACGAAGAAGCCAUUUCAAUAUGGUACGACUACGUGAUCCAAAGUGGAGUAUGGAAACGGGAGAGAACGGAAGCAGAUUUCCGUGAUGAGUGGGAGCGAGCCCGUAGUAUCCGAGACAGACAUCAACGAAACCUCGCCUAUAUAGAAGCUAUGUACCAGAAAGCGGUCUCGAAGUGCGGAGUGGAACAUACGCAGGACUUGUUUGUUCUGAUCCGCACAAAGACAAUAGCCGAGUCAGUUAGCAAACUCCUUACUCUGGACGCGAGUUUCGAAGAACUUAGGCGGGGAAUCAACCACGAGUUAGUCAGGAGACUAGCCAAUACAGGACGAGGGUAUCGCCGAGCUAAAUAUCUGAUACAGGGGGAUCUUAAGCGCGCCGCCGGCUCCUUAUGCACGGAAGAGCUUCGCCCUUCACAAUUCAAGACGCUCGGCCUAGCCCUGGGACCUCACGGCUGGCUAGUUGAGCGACAUAGACCUCCCUCCCCAGAUAUCGAAUCUGUCGACCAGGAUUGUGGCAACGAACAACGAGAUCAUGGCGAGAACGCACGAGAUCAUAGCGAGAACGCACAAAACGAGAGGGCUGUCGAUAAAUCCCCUACUCCUUCUACCCCUCCUAGUAUUCCUCUCACUCCGCUAUCCACAGGUGCGAGAAAGGCAAAGAGCCAGCGAAGAAGAAAGAAAGGGAACGCCCCUGACCCCUUCUGUGCCGAGGAUUGCGCAGAUGAGGUCUACCAACAGCAGGAAGACGAGUUCAAUGAGACUGGAAAUGUGAUCCUACCAAAGCUCUUUGGGUGGCUGGACGGAGAUAUCUCGACCGUGGAAGGAAUAGACGUUCUCUCUCGUAUGAUAGGACGGCCUAUAACCUCUUUGAUGCAGUUGAUCCACAUAGAAUUCGAUAUAUACGACUACCACUACUCUCCCGCUAUCGCGAAGCCUCGCCUAGGGUGGAGCCGGAAUAUGUUCCAGUCUCUAACCCAACAACUGGGUCGGCAAGACGUCUGCUAUUAUGCCGCCUACGUGGCUGUGCGCCCGGAUUACGCUUGGAAACUGAUCUCGUUCCCCUACUACACAAAGAGUGCUUACCUAGGGGAGAACACUGCCUUCACCUAUAUCGAUCUGAAUAUAGGGGACUACCUUGCGACCGGCCGAGGUGGCAGCGCUGUCCAAGGAUCUCUGUCCUUUACAGAUAAAGACAAAGAAAACUGCACGAUCAUCCUCCCGAAGAUACACUUGCGCCUUGAAGAAUAG